AUGAACUUACUGCUUAUUCUCCUAAUAUCUUCACUAACAAUAGCCUCAUCGACAGUUGAUGGAGAUGAUGAAGAAGAAGAUGUUCUAGAUGAAAUCACUGACCCAAUUGUAAGUUCAUUUCUUUUUUUAUUUUGUUUUUAGAAACUAAAACAAUUUGAAAAGUACACGCAAUGCGCUGACAAGGACUUUAAAUGCAUGAGGAAGUGCCAUGUGAUGGUGGAUGUAACUGGAAGCUGUAAUCAGUUCAAAAGGACUAGCUGCUUUGACUUGAUUGUAAAUUACAAUCACACGUUGAGGUCUACACCAUUUCCUAGCUAUUUGAUUGGGUUGAAGAGGUUUCCAAAGUAAGGUUGGUUUCAAGGACGUAGCUAGGUAUCUAUAGGCCUGAGUAUAAUAUAGUGGCUCUGUUAAUAUAAGUUGAACCUUUUUAUAGAGAAUACUUUGGGGGGUGGGGGGUUUGAAGAGCAGAGUAAGGUAAGAUAGGGUUGGUUUGAGUAGGAUAGAGUAGGGGGAGAUAGGAUAGGGUAGGGUAUGACAGGGCUGGGAAUAGUAGGGUAAGACAGGAUACCAUAGAGUAGGGUAGGGUAAAGUAUGGUAGGACAGAUUGAAUAUGAUUUUCGACAACUUCAAUUGUAAUUUUAGGUGCUGGAGCGUCUUAGAACCGGUGAUCUGUUCGAUUUGGUACAGGAAUUGUAGUACUGUCGAAGUAAAUCACUUGACGGAUAACACUAAGCCAAGACUGGUAUGUUUUGAUACUUUUAACUCAUUUUACAGAGUAAUGUGUUCUACAUGACAAGGAGUUUGAAUUUUGAAAAGAAAGGUGUGAAGGGUAGGAUGGGUCAAGGUAGGGUAGGGUAUGGUAGGAAAAGAUAGGAAAGGAUAUGUUAUGGUAGAGUAGGGUGGGUAGGGUAUAGUAGGGUUUAGAUUGUUCAUUAUACAGGUGUCCCACGGUAAUUUUUUUUCAUUUCCAGAAGCUAGAAUCAUUCGAAUUGCUGUCAAGGCAGAGCUGUAUUGAUGUCAGGACACAGUGUGCAAACUUUACCCACUUACUUCCAGAAGAAUUCAAUUGUGACAGCCAUUUGUUUAAAGAUUUUAAAAACUUUGGUCUAUACCACACGGAAUGUGAAGUAAGUUCUUAAAUUUUAAUUUAGGUAACUCUGGCUUAGAAAUGUCAUAAAAUAUUUUUUAAUUAAAAGAAUAGCUAAUUAAAUGUCAUUACUCUAAGGUUGUUUGAAGACAAAAUUUCAUCAGAUCAUGGGCUUUGCUUGGGAGUGGAGGGAUGGGGUAGAUCUUCCAACUAGACAGAAAGGUCGCUACAAAUUUUUUCUGGAUGGUGGGGGAGAAAGUUGGGUGGAAGCCAAAAGAAUUUUUAGUCAACAGUUAGGGGUUAUCAUUAUUAUUUUUUUUUCAAUUUUUUUGCACACUGAUACCUACCUAUCCAAUUUUUUCGAUUAGGCUUUGGGGGGGUGUUGAGAAAAUUUCAUAGGAAACAGGGAAAAUAGAUUUUUUUGAACUGACAUGUUCAUUUAUACCAGAAAAAAAUUUUUUGUUUUAGAAAAAGAUACUAGAGACGUCCUUUUAUCAGAUUCUUUUAAUGAGGUUUCGAUGUUCUGUACAAUAUAAUAUUUUAGAGGAAACCAAAAUUUGUCAGAAGUUUAACAGCCGAACCGUCACGAUGCAUAAAACCACUUGUAUUAUCGACCGGUGCAAAUGUGACAUCUCCAUUAAUUGAUCAAUGUUAUCUACCUUGUAGGUAAGAAGUUUUGACUAUUUUAUAUAUUAAUAUUAUUUUAUUAGGUUGUUCAAAUAAUUCUGGGCUUUUUGAAGCAAUUUUUUGGGGUUGGGGCACAGAAUUAUUUGAACGACUUAAUUGAAGGACAUUUUUUUAAUUGUAAACAAAGUUUUUACAUUUUAAAUUUCCAGAACAAGCUAUUUCGAUGCAGGCCAAGGAUUUUAUCAUUUUGUUUGCGGCUACACGAUUACUGUUGCUCUGCUGGCUUCGGGGCUUAUGGUAAGUUUCAUCAAUUGUACAAUACAGUAAUUUUUUUUAUACCGGGAUCAGGGCCGGGCGCAUGUUGGGGGGGGUACUUUGUUUUAGAAUACCAGCCCCCUCCCCACCAGAAAAUAAUUUUCGAAAAAAGUUGAACGUGGUCCCCCCUGUGGAUUUUUGGAAACAUUUUUUGACCCCCGUCCCAGACCAAUAGUUCAGCCCGGUCCUGACCGGGCUUCUACUGUAUAAUAUGCCAUCCUUUUUCAGCUGACCAUUUACUUGAAAGCAAAAUCUUGUGCCUUACCAAUAUGGGCGUUCGUGCUGAUGGGUCUGGGUUUUUGUACAAUGGUUUAUUACGCCAUAUGGAGUAUAUCGUUGUUGUUGGUGUAUUUUGAACAAACAACUGUGUGCGAUUCGGAUGAUGAUGGAUUAUUGCUGCGACUAGGGAGUUUUCCAGUGUAAGUUAUAUUAUAUUACUGUAUUUUUUAUUUUAAAAAAUUUUAAAAAAAAUUUUUUGAAAUUUUUUUAAAAUUUUAAUUUUUUUUAUUUAAAAAUUUUUUUAGUUUGAGCUUGUGCACGGUACAACGAUUGACAUUACACUUAUUUCUAUCCCAAUCGUUUAUCUUGAUGUUCAUAUUGUCAUACUACCUUCUACUCGACCGGAAACUGAACAAAAUCUCGAAGAGCACGAACCAAACAAUUGUUUUGGUGGUGAUAUCAGUCAGCAUUUGUUUGGUAUUUAUUUCUUCUUUGUGGGUAAGAACCUAGAUUUAAGUACUAUAGGCACCUUUGGUACUAAAAAGAAGUUCUUAGCACUAAAAGCUAGUCUUUAGUACUAAAACCAAACUAAUAUUAUUGAUUUUAAUACAGUAAUAGACUUUAGUACUAUCAUUUAUUGCAGAAAAAUCAUCAGUAUGCAGACCCGUACUAUGGAGUAUGUCAUCCAGGAAUGGACCUAAUCUUAAGUGGUGUCUUCGUCUACGCAUUCGCAUUGAUAGCAUCAAUACUGUUGUUGGUAUGGCAUCUGUACGUUGAGAAGAAGAAGAAAAAAGAACAGGAAAAGAAGGAACGAGCACUAAUGGACCUAAAUAUGGGCGGUAUUCACAUCAAUCUGUCAUUCCCGAACCUAGGCACCAGUUUGCUCGUCUUCUUGGGAGGGUUGUUGACCUACGCUACCAAAAGCAGCACCACUCAUGAUGAAGUGCGAAGCGUGAGAGGGUCGAUUCAGUGCUACACGAGCAGCAUUCAGGCAAUGGAACGGUGGGCUUGGGGGUGAGUUUUGGGUAGGGUUGUAAAGGGGCCGGGCUUUGGUUUGAGCCUACUUGGUUUAGCCCUUACUCACCUUUCGCCAGUCAUAUCUUUCGUUGCGGGACCUAAGGUGGGCCCCUGAGGCCUCGGUUUGGCCCUUAUACACUUUUUGAUAGGCAAACCUUUCGUUGCUGGACCUAAGAUGGACCAUCAAGGCCUUGGUUUCUGCCCGGCUCUAGUGCUUAUCUGUCCCGGCCCAGCCUUUUCAAGUCUUCUUCUACCCCACCCUAAUUUUAAAAUUUCAGGAACAGCACGUCCGAAUGUGAUCAAUACCUACUGGAUUCAAAUCCAUUCCAAGCAGUUUGGGUGUUUGUCCGGAUGCUUCUUCUACCUAUAAUUCCUACACUGCUCAUCGUGAUCUAUAUCUUCUUGCCCAAACAACGUGACUUGUUCAAGAUUGAGCCAAAGCUACCGAAUGAAAUUGAAAUGCACGAAAUUAUGCCUUUAAAACAACAGGAUCCAGGUAAUGAACAAGCUCGGAACAGCAUUGGCAAUGAAGAUCCAGAAGCUCAGCAUUUGAUUCCAGAAUCUGAUUCGACUGAACCAGAAUCUAUUCAUGAAUCCAACGAUGAACAGAUCUCCAAGAAACGCGUCACGAAGCCAAAGAAGAAACGCUUCAAGCCAGAAUCCCAGUUCAAAGAUGGCAUCGACUCCUCAGCUACCGACGUAAGCUACGCCUACGGUCGAAAAGACCCGACUAUUCCACUCCAGGUCCGUGAUCAGCUCCUCAAGGCCAACGGUGUGAACAAGAUCGAAGAGCCGGUGUAUCCGGUCCAGAAUCCGGAUGGCACGGUGUUGUUGAUUCCACUACAUGUGGCUUAUAGUCAAAUGCAAGGUCUUUAUGGUGAAGGGGCUGUGGGUCAUAAUCAGAUGGUUCAAGGUAUAAAUCAAGGUCAACAUCAUGAACAUCAAGGCUUAGUCAAUGGUCAGAAUCUGGGAAUGAUGAGUCAGAAUCCUCAGAUUCAUGAGCUUCAAAAAAAUUUGGCUAGUACACCCAAAAUGGACCAGUUUAGCCAUGGGAAUGGGCUACAGACCUACAAUCAGCCAGGGACGAUUGGGGUACAGACUAUUGACUACAGUCAAACAGGACCAAGUGGGCUACAGACCUAUAAUCAGCCAGGGGCAAGUGGGCUUCAGACUAUCAACUGUCAGCUAGGACCAAGUAGGUUAGAGAGCUAUAAUCAACCAGGGCCAAGUGGGCUUCAGACCAUCAACUAUCAACCAGGGCCAAGCGGGCUACAAACCUACAACCACUCAGACCCUAGUGGUCUACAGAACCCUGCGACAACAAAGCCACAGUCACAGAAUGUAGAAGGAGAUUCAGAUGAAGAUAGCUUAAGUGACAUUUCAAGUGGAAACUCAUCAGAUCGCGACUCCAACGACUUCAAAUCAGACGACUCGAAUCCGUUGGAAAAGGAAAUUGUAAGAUAUUGCCUUAUCAAAAGUGCUUAGGCUGAUAGGGAAAGUACCCAACCUGCCCCGCGCAGAAGCAGCUCAAAAUAUUAAUAUUAACGGUUUCAGAUAAUUGCACGUGCUCUAGAGUACAUGGAAAGAAAGAAGAGCGAAAGAAAAACGGACGGGUAG